AUGGAGUUUCACUCCAACAGCAAAAGCGGGCAGUUCUUCUUUUUUUCCCACGACGGCAAAUUUCUUAUAAAGACAAUUUCAAAGGCCGAAGUGGAGCAAAUACUGCGAAUCCUCCCCGCAUACAUUGACCACAUCCUCAGUACCCCCUUGUCUUUGCUGACGCGCAUAUUUGGCAUUCAUAGAGUUGAACUUUACACCCAAGCAACCCCUGACGCGGACGGGGGCCCCUGUGGGGGCCCCCCCGGGGGCCCCCCUGGGGGCCCCCCUGGGGGGCCCCCUGGGGGCCCCCCUGGGGGCCCCCCUGGGGUGUUUUGUGGGAGCCCCUCCGGGGGCCCCUGCUGGCUGCCCUCUAGGGGCCCCUCUGGGGUCCCCUCUGGGGGCCCCUCUGGGGGGCCCUGCGGUCCGGUCCCCUGUGGGGGCCCCUCGGGGGGCCCUUCGGGGGCCCCCUCAGGGGGCCCCUCGGGGGGCCCCUCAGAGGGGGCCCCUGCAGAGGGGCCCCCCUCAGGGCAAGCCCCAGAGAGCCCUCAGCCAGGGGCCCCCCGGGGGGCCCCUGUGGGGUGGGCUUUGAGGGCCCCGGGGGCCCCCCUUGUGGGGGACUUUUGUUCGGGAGAUUGGAGGAACACUUUUAGCAGCCAAGGAUGGUAUGAAGAUGAGCAUUCGUUUAGAGUUAUGGCAACAGAUAACGGGGCGCAGCAGCAGCAGCAGCAACAGCAGCAGCAGCAGCAGCAGAAGCAGAAGCAGAAGCAGCACCGGCAGCAGCUGCAGAGGCCCCGCACUUACCUGCAGGGACAGUCGCCCGAACAUGGGCUGCUGGCGAUGCUGAAGCGGAAACACAAACGCAGCGAACCCGAGCUCUCAGCUUCGCCAGACAUAAAGACACAAGAGUCGCAGCGCACUUUGGUAACUGCUGCCUAUUUCAUUGCAAUGGGCAACGCGUUUGACCCUUCUUUGGGCCUAAGUGAGGCAUAUGACAUAAAGGGCAGCACUGUUAGCAGAACAGCAAAGGAGGGGGACAAGGUCAAGAAAGAUGUUGGUUAG